GCAAUUAUAACCAAGAAAGAAACCCUCUCAAGCUAAACAAAAUUACAAACUAAUUAAACUGCUCUUUGCAUAUAUACACCACAAUUAAGUUUUUGAAAUGAAGAACCUUGUAGCUUUCUUCGCCUUCACUCUUUUGGUUUCUCUUUGUCAAGCUAUCGAGCUCGACUUUUGUGUAGGAGAUACUACUCUGCCUAGGGGACCUGAAGGAUUCGCUUGCAAGGAUCCUGCUAACGUCACUACAGAUGAUUUUGUUUUCACUGGCUUCCGUCAUGAAAGCUUCACUGCAAACCUAUUUAGAAGUAAUGUCACUUUAGGUUUCGUAGAUAAUUUCCCAGCUUUGAAUGGCCUAGGUAUUUCCAUGGCAAGGUUAGACUUUGCUGUAGGUGGAGUCAUCCCAGUACACUCCCACCGAACAUCUGAAGUUAUAAUCGUGACCAGAGGAUCUAUAAUUGCGGGAUUCAUUGACGCAAGCAAUAAUGCAUUCUACAGAAGGCUCGAGGUUGGAGACGUUAUGAUCUUCCCACAAGCCAUGCUUCAUUUUCAAAUCAACGUUGGCAGAACUCCGGCUACAGCAAUUGUUAGCUUGAACGGUGCGAACCCAGCUGUCCAAUUCACUACCACCUCCUUAUUCGCCGGCAAUUUACCUGCCGAUAUUGCUCAACAGAUCACUCUUCUAAGUCAUGACGAGGUGAUGAGGAUGAAAAGGUUAUUUGGCACUGCUUAAUUACAUAAGCUUCUCUACGUACUUUUCUUACCAAAGUUGAUUCAGUUGCGUGCUUCCCUUUUCUUUUGUACUCAAAAUUUAUGAAAACAACCAUAUGUAUUCAUUGUAUUACUUUUCAACAUUUAAUAAAAUUAUCUUUCUCGAA